AUGGAAAUCGUGAAAACGAUCAUCCCACACAAUAACUCUUUCGUAGAGCCACAGAUUCCAUCAGCUACAGAAUGGUUGGCAAAUAUGUCUGUAAUGCACGUCUCCUGUCUAACCAUCGCGUGUGUAUUCGUUGGUAUCACCUUCGUCCUCUCCUUCUUUCAUCUGUACUUCGUUUUGAAAUAUGUCUCAAACGAAAGGAUACGAAAUGAUAUGUAUGCAUUGAUAUUCAUGUUUCCUAUAACCACAUUUGCAAGUCUAGUGGGAAUGUUCAUUCCAAGAGCCGCUGUCUUCCUAUACGCAGUUUCUCUAGUCUAUUUCAUGUUUACUCUCUUCAUAAUGGUCACCCUUCUAUUCAACAUCUUCGGUGGACGUCAAGAAAUGAGCGCCUAUCUUCUACAACGUAACAUUCGAGUCAACUUCACAGUACCCCCUUUGUGCUUCUGCAAAUUUCUACCAACUGUGGAGAGUACUGACCAAAAUCUACGGCGGAUUGAGUGGCUGGUUUUUCAAACUCCAAUAAUUCGUACAUUACUGGAAUUGGUGUCGGUAGUUGUGUCCAUGGAACAAGAGGGAAGACGAGAGAGCAUUUGGUUCGUUUUCUCUCAAUUGUUGGCUCUACUCUCCAUGUGUAUCGCGUUCUAUGGUUGCUACGUGAUGGUUCCGCUGGGGAGAGAGAAACAUGCUCCCUACCGAUUCGACUUCUUGUUCCGAACAUGUGACAUUGCUCAGUGCAUUUACACAAUUCAGAAGUUUGUGUUCGAGUUUGCCGCUGCCGUUGGACUGAUCACUUCGGAUCGUUUUCUUCCAGCCGCUGCAAAAGCAUUGUGGUGGGCAUCGUUCAUGUGCACUUGGGAAAUGAUGCUUCUUUCGGCACUCUGCUCCUACUGUCUUCGACCAUCGAAAUGCAGAUUUUUUGACCUAUACCCGGGAAACGACGUGGUUGCUUCAUCGCCAAGAGAACACUCCAGCUCCCGUGUCUCUUCAUUUACUCGUCGUGACAUAGCUGUAGAGUAUGAACCUCGGAUCGCUGGAGUCAUGUUGGAACCAACACCACGUAUCAAGGAUAACAACAAUACACCAGAGGAGACAGCUACAGUACCUCAUUUUGAGGAUAACUUUGAUUCGAUUUCUCAGAAUUGA